CAACAUGAAGGUCAGAGCUUGCAGCAUUGGACUGUUGAUGCUUGUAUUGGUUUUUCUGGGUUCACACAUCCACAGCUGUGUCUCAGAUGCAGCUUUUCGUAUUGUUCCGAGCAGACUGCAGCUCUUUCAGUACGAGCCUCUCACUUUUCACUGCGAAGGUCUUGACGGUUCCAGUUGGCUGCGAGGAAUCAGAAGCGCCGGGGGAUUUUUGUCGGUGUGCGAUGCUGCAGAAACACCAGCGGCGUCUUGCAGAAUUCACAAAGCCUAUCGAGCAGACAGCGGAGAAUACUGGUGUGAGACUGAAGGAGGAGAUAGAAGCAGCAGCAUCAGGAUCAACGUCACCGAUGGUUCAGUGAUCCUGGAGAGUCCCGUCCUGCCCAUCAUGGAGGGCGACUGUGUGACUUUACGCUGCAGAAACCAGACGAUGUCUUCUGAUCUGACAGCUGCUUUCUAUAAAGAUGGACUCCUCAUAGGGAGCAGCUCUGCAGGAGAGAUGAUCCUCCACAGUGUUUCUGGCUCUGAUGAAGGACUCUACAACUGCAACAUCUCCAGUGUUGGAGAAUCUCCACAGAGCUGGUUGGCUGUCAGAGCUCUUCACAGACAGAUUCAUUCCAGUCAUAUCUAUCUCAUCCUGAGGACUGUGUUCACCAUCGUCAUGGUUGUUCUGCUGCUGCUGCUGGUUGGAGUGAUUCACUUUGGGAAACUCAGAGUCACACAGAAAUAACUGAAAUUCACGUAGAAGGUAACCAAUGGAGAAUCCUGGAGGCCAGUUUGGUCUCACAGAAUACUUGAAUUCAGAUUUAAUCUGUUUUAUAUUCACUUCUGCUCAUGUUCAAGUUGGUGUAAAAUGCUAUUUGUCAGAUAUAUUUAUACUUGCAGUCAGUUCUGUUAGACUUUCUCACGGCCAGAAAAGCUCAGAAACCACAGAGGUACUGGCUGAUGCAUGAAACUAUUUCUAAAGAGCAGACAUCAGGCUUUUUCAGUUCUGAUGUUCGGUGUUAAUUCAAGCUUCUGAAACCACAUGAGAAAGCAAACGUAUGUCAGUGGAAACUACAACAUGUAUAUAUAAGGACAUACAGUAUAAAAGCAGAUUGUGAGGUUUGUGAUUGAAAUAAGCAUCACAUAAACGUCUUUUAAACCAGCUGCUGUGUUACUGCAUCAUUGGCUUUGCUCUUUAUGUGUCUAUGACAGCAGAAAAAAAACAUGAAAAUGUGCAAUAAAUAGAAUUCUGAAG